AUGUCGAGCCAGAAAACAGUUUCUGCAAUAUUAGUUUUGUGCAUGAUAAUGACAACAACAUUACAUGCAAGUGAAAUCGAUGACGUUUCAUGUCCUGAGGCUAUUUCAAAUCUAUUGCCAUGUCUAACUUUUCUAACAGGGUUUCUUCCACCAACACCAUCUGCUGAGUGUUGCACUGGAGCUACUAAUUUGUUCAAUAAGGCUAACACAACUCCUAUUUUGAGAAGUGUCUGCCAAUGUCUCAAAGAUGCUUCUACUAGGUUUGGAGUUAAACCAGACAGGGCUGCUCAACUUCCACCACUUUGUCACAUUAAUUUGUCUUUUCAAAUUAGUCCUUCGGUUGAUUGUAGCAAGAUUCAAUGA